UCAGCAAGCAGCAUAAUUUCGUGAAUGGCGUCUAUCUGAUGCUUGGCCAGAAAACGGUGGCUCUCGCAUUACUUUAAAUUGGUAACUGUUUCCAGAUAAAAUUGCCUCAAACCAGUGAUAUUCGAUCGUCCAUUAAACCGAGCAUAGAUUGAGCAAGUGGAAUGGAAAGUCGUCGCGCAACGAGAGGCGGGGGGUCAGUGGCCUCGAUAGCAUCAUCAGCCGCUGUCGUUCCUGGACCAGCGGAAACUGCGAAGCGUGGCCGCAAAUCGGUAGUCCGUAAUAGGAGUCCGUCGCCACCGGUGACACGAAAACCAUCACCUGGCCGUAGAGUUUCUCCCGGAAGACCACCUAAAAAAUCUCCCACCAGAAAACCGUCGCCCGCUCGGAAGGCAUCACCGGCACGGAAAGCGUCUCCGGCUAGAAAACCAUCUCCGGCUCGAAAACCGUCUCCUGCCAGAAAAGCAUCGCCAGCUCGUAAAUCUAAUCGGACUGUACCUGCUGCAAAAACCGUGGUACCUGUUAAAAUAUCUCCAGAUGAACCCAGACGAUCUACCAGAAUUAGAAGCUCCGAAAAUCGGGAUAAGAGUCCACCGUUCAAGAAAAAUUUGCGUGACAAGCAGUUGUCGGUUAUUCUGGAUGAAACGGAAGCCAGUAUAAAGAAGCUCUCCAGCGGAAAAAGUUUGACACCCAACACCAGCCAGCAAUCGACCGUAACAACGACCGGUCGAAGCCAUCCAUCUGCCUCCCGUUCAGUGAGCGUGGCCAACGAGUCUCAGGAAUUUUCCGAUCAAGAAGAUGUUGAAUUCCAAAGCUUCCGAAAAGAUGAUAAUGGUAUUUCCAUUAAAAAAUCGUACGCUAGACGAAGUGCAACGAAGCAACUGCAAGAACUUCGUGAACUCGGUGGCAACUGGGGAGCGGCCGCUGUCAUUCUCUUAGUACCGUUAUUCAUAUUUUUCACCAACCAUUUCUGCUCCGGAGUCGCCCACCGGGAUUGUACCUUCAAGGUUCCGGCAAAUUGGGAUGAAUUUAAGACCUUGUCGACGUACUUCAACCGCGAGAUUGGAAUCAUCUUUCUCCUGUUCACCUGGGGCAUUGCUUUGAUAACCGCACUGCCCAUUGGAAAGGCAGUUAAAAUCGUAGACGAAAUUCGUGGCCAGCAAAGUUUUACCUUCACCGGAUUGUCAUGCGGUAUCUUUGCCGGUUUAGGUUUUUUUGUUGCCGAAUACUGCUAUCAUUAUCCGUUAAUCUCAAUCAUCAGCAAAGGCUACAAUCAACUUUUGGUGAUCAGUUUAGUGUACGCACUGGUCGCUGCCGCCAUAGCCUUCUUCAAAUCGCGCUACAUACCGCAGACCAAUUGGAAUCCGUAUGCCAAAACCGGCCAAUUUCUUGCCGACUACUUUGUGGGACGAGAAAUAAAUCCGCUAGCGUUCAACAUCGUCAACCUGAAACUGGUCCAUUACCAUAUCUCAAUUAUUUUGGCACUGGUCUUCAAUUCUAUCAUUCUUUAUCGCAACUUGCACUUCCCUUCGUUGCCACUGACAGAACCCGAAUCAAACCUAACCUAUACGGAACAAAUAACAUACUUUGCGAAAAACUUGGAAUUCGAGGCCACCCCGGUUCUUGUGGCAUCCCUCACUGUCAUCUAUCUGUUGGAUUUGAUAGCAUACGAGCAUCAUCUAACGUUUUCCUUCGAUUUGCAAAGUGAAGGUUUUGGCGCUUUGCUACUGCUCCGAUAUGCUAUUUUCCCAUUCACGCUAACCUUGCUACCGAAGUACGUGGCCGCCCACAAGCUGUCCGAUGUGCCGAACUGGAUGCUCGCAUUAGUGGCUCUCGUGGCGAUCGUCGGAUUGAUCAUCAAACGUUCCAGCAACCGGCUCAAGCAUCAAUAUCGACUUAAUCCGCUGGGCGAGAAGUUUAUCGAUCUGGAAACACUACCGACCUUCCAAGGCCGGCGCCUGCUGGUGGCCAAAUGGUGGGGAUACAUCCGCCAACCGAACUACGUCGGAGACAUCCUGCAAAACGUUGCCCUGCUACCGCUGCUGUACUGGCGCUUCGCCUGGCCUCCACUUCUGGCGGUGCUCUUCACUGUGGCCCUGCUGAUCCAACGGGCCCUCCGGUUGAACGAUCGAAAUGCCAAGAAGUACAACUCGGCCUGGCAGCGCUACUGCUCGACGGUGCGAAACAUUUUGGUGCCCAAGGUAUUCUAGACUAGACCUGCUAGCCAGUUGGAUUCUCACACAGACACACGGAACGAUUCAAUGCGUUUGUAUAAAGUGGUUUUUCUCGUACAGUUUGCUAUCUUUUAGGUUUAGGGUAACGUUUUAUGUUAGGUAGCACCAAAUUAGACUAUCAUACAGACACUGAUGUUAGAUCAAUAAGAGCGUGUGUGACUUCACUUGUUCGUAUGUAGCUAUAGACGGCAGUUAGUGUUAAGCUAGCGAAAUGAAACCUGACAUCGGUUGGCAUAUUAAGAGUUUUUUUUUCCUUUGCUUCAAUUAACAUUUUUCGUAGAUUCAUUCUUCUUAUGGUUUAUAGAUUGAGAUAAAGAAAAACGAUAAAAUUCGUUAGCAAAAUCUUUACUAUAUUGGAAUUUUAACUGUUAGGACUGUAAAUUGUGUGCGUUCCUCCGUACAUUGAAAAGGCAAUUUUACAAUACGACUGUACAAAUCGAAUUUAAGUUAAAAAAAAUCGAACUAAACUCAAUUAGUUUGGAGAACAGUAUAAAUAAGAAUUGAAUUUAUAUCAAAACAACAUUUUAAACGCAUUUUUUUUUCAUUUUGCUGUACUGUACUAGCAGUAGGUUAACUUUAAUUAUCUUCUCAAAGAGAUAAAAUCAGCACGUCACGAAGCACUCGUCCGAAUACACGCGCCCAUCGUCAAGCAGUGAGUGAAGCCAUUAGAAACAAGAGAGAUUCUCAAAUUACGCUUGUGUUUUGAAACGAUCUCACUGUACAGAAUUUGUUCUAACAAUGUUUUGAGUUGCUUGCUAACAAUAACAAUUAAGUCAGAAAAAGGUGUCUCAUCUACGUUCUUUAAUGAAAAAAAAUACAAUAGAAUCCCGGUUAAGAUCACAUUUUUUAGCAUUAAAGAUUUACACAACAA